AAGUUGGGGAAGGGGGACUUGUCCCCCUUGUCCCCUCCAUUGAUUGCGCCUAUAUGUCUGUGGCAAGCGAACCCAGCUCCUUUUGAUGUUGUACUGAGCUCUGCGCAUGCGCAGUACUUUAGAAUUACUGCACUGGUCCGAAUAAGUUGGAUGUCUUCUGCUCUUCACUGAAAACCCUAAAUCAUAUCAAAAAGCGAAAGGGAUGUGGAGACUCAAGAAAAGGGGUUACGCUGGGAUGUGGUCAUUUCCAGUGAUAAUUGCAGUAGUCUGUGCGCAGAGUGCCAAUGAUCCCAGCAAUAUGUCACUGGUUAAGGAGACGGUUGAUAGACUCUUGAAGGGCUAUGACAUCCGUCUGAGGCCAGAUUUUGGAGGUCCCCCUGUGGCAGUUGGCAUGAACAUCGACAUUGCCAGCAUAGAUAUGGUAUCAGAAGUCAACAUGGACUACACUUUAACAAUGUACUUUCAACAAGCAUGGAGGGAUAAAAGACUUUCAUAUUCAGUAAUUCCUUUAAAUUUGACCUUGGACAACAGAGUAGCAGAUCAGCUGUGGGUUCCUGAUACAUACUUUCUGAAUGACAAGAAAUCUUUUGUUCAUGGUGUUACAGUCAAGAAUAGAAUGAUUCGGCUUCAUCCUGAUGGCACUGUUCUUUAUGGUCUCAGGAUUACGACGACAGCAGCAUGUAUGAUGGACCUUAGAAGAUAUCCACUGGAUGAACAAAACUGCACAUUGGAAAUCGAGAGUUAUGGCUAUACUACAGACGACAUUGAGUUUUACUGGCGUGGAAAUGACCAUGCGGUUACGGGAGUGGAUAGGAUUGAAUUACCACAGUUCUCAAUUGUGGAUUACAAGCUUUUAUCAAAGAAUGUGGUUUUCUCUACAGGUUCCUAUCCAAGGCUAUCUCUCAGUUUUAAAUUAAAAAGGAACAUUGGCUACUUCAUAUUGCAGACAUACAUGCCUUCAAUUUUGAUCACCAUUCUGUCAUGGGUUUCUUUCUGGAUCAACUAUGAUGCUUCUGCUGCCCGUGUUGCUUUAGGAAUCACAACUGUUCUGACAAUGACAACCAUCAACACUCACCUUCGAGAAACACUGCCAAAAAUCCCCUAUGUGAAAGCUAUCGAUAUGUACCUCAUGGGGUGCUUUGUAUUUGUGUUUAUGGCUUUGUUGGAAUAUGCUUUGGUCAACUACAUAUUUUUUGGUAGGGGGCCACAGCGGCAAAAGAGAGCAGCAGAAAGAGCUGCAAGUGCCAAUAAUGAGCAGAUGCGAAUCGAAAUUAAUAAGAUGGAUCCACACGAAAACAUUUUAUUAAGCACACUUGAAAUUAAAAACGAAAUGGCAGCAUCAGAAGCUGUAAUGGGCCUUGGGGAUCCAAGAAGCACUAUGUUGGCUUAUGAUACAUCCACUAUCCAAUAUCGGAAAGCUGGCUUACCCCGGCACAGCUUUGGAAGGAAUGCUUUGGAACGACAUGUGGUUCAGAAGAAAAGCAGACUACGAAGACGUGCAUCCCAACUGAAAAUAAACAUACCAGACUUGACUGAUGUAAACGCCAUAGACAGAUGGUCACGCAUGAUCUUUCCAGUGGUUUUUUCAUUCUUCAAUAUUGUCUACUGGCUCUAUUAUGUGAACUAAGACUAAAAGCCAUAAGUAGACAAAAACUUUAUUUCUGUUCAGUUUAAGUGUGAAACGAGAAGUGGGGUUUAGAGAAAUAUAUUCAGGAAACAGGUUAUAUUAAAACACCUUAGUUGCUGGUAAUCUCCGCUGUGUAUGUUGUAGAACACCCUUCAUUCUUUUCCCAUUUCAAA